AUGGCUGAAGAAGAGCAUUUUGAUGCAUCUGCAUCAGCAUCCGAACCAGUUGGAUAUCCAGGAGGACCAUAUGAUACGUCUCUGUUAGUUAAGUACGAACAACAUAUUGCAUACCGUAUAUGGUUCGAUCAGGAGAGAGGGUCGAAGAAAGAAUUAAAGGUGGCUGGACAUGGGUUGAAGUUGGCUCAAAGGGUUCCACUACAGCUACCUAGAGAGAUGGAGAGAUGGAUAUCUAGGUCUGGUUUAGCUUCACUACAGAGAACCAGUUUAUCAAAGAUAGACACAAACCUAGUUUCCGCUUUUGCAGAGAGGUGGCAUCUAGAAACAUCAUCAUUUCACAUGCCGUUUGGUGAGAUGACGAUUACUCUAGAUGACGUAUCUUGCCUGCUUCACUUGCCCAUCAGGGGAGUUUUCUGGAGCCCUGAAGAUAUCAGUGAAGCCCUUGCUGUUGAGUGGGCUGUUGAUCAUUUAGGAGUGUCACAGAGAGUAGCACAACAACAAGUCCGUGAAUGCAGGGGUUCCUACUACAAGCUGGAGUGGUUAUAUGAUCUGUUCGUUGAGCAUAGAGCUGCAUCUAGAUGGCAUUAUGCCACUAGAGCUUAUUUGUUGAUGUUGGUGGGUUCCACGAUUUUUGCGGACAAGACGUUUACGCUUGUCGAGGCACGAUACCUCUCACUGUUUAUAGACUUGGAUGGCUUAUCUGGAUACAGUUGGGGAGCAGCUGCGUUGGCUACUCUUUACAGAUAUCUCGGAGAUGCUUCCAUGUUCAGCUGUAAGCAGCUUGGUGGUUAUCCGACUCUCUUACAGUGCUGGAUUCAUGAGUAUUUUCCAACACUUGGAAAAAAAGGAGAGAACUGGAUACCAGCUCAUAAUGUGGGUCUCCCUCGAGCGAUGAGAUGGUCAUAUAGGCAAGGUGCCUUGAAGGUGGAUGAGUUACGACCUAUUCUGGACGAGCUGACACCUGCUGAUGUCAUAUGGCGCCCAUUCGAGAAUCAUAGAGUAUGGCGUCAGUUCGAUGAGUUAUGCCUAUAUAGGGGGUGUCUGAGGUGGGGUGACACUAUUGUUCCAUAUUUGCCUGACAGAUGUAUGCGUCAGUUUGGAUACAGGCAAUAUGUUCCACAUCCACCUAUUGAUCACAGGAUGGCUGGUGAUAUUGAUGUUGACUGGAUUAGUUACCAUCAGAGCGUCCAGAAUGUGAUUCGUCCGACAGCACCGGCCACCACCCCAUACGAGACAGAUGAUGGAUAUCUUGAGUGUUAUUAUCGUGUCUCUCAUCCUCGAUUGGUACCGAUACCCUAUCAUGAUGCACCAUCAGAGAUGCCAACAGAGAUGCCAGCAGAGAUGCCAGUUCCAGUGUAUGAAGCAGGACCAUCUGAUCCUAGUUGGGCUCGUGUGUCUUCGUUGAUUCAUCGUUAUCUUCAGCAGGCUGGUGCUGAAGAUGAUGACCCACAGUUUGCGGAUUUGUUUGAGGCUUUACAUAUUGCUCGAUCACAGUGA